GUUUUUCCGCUUUACUCAUUCAUUCAUGUUUAUUCUGAGGUCAGUUUAAGUCUGUAGCUCAGAUGGCGCGCCGGAGAGCUGUUGGCCAUGAAACUACUGGAAACGUUCAGCCUGAGAGAAAGAAGGUAGCAGAAGAGCCUCUUCCUGUGAAACAGCAGCAGGAGAAGAGGAGUUGCUGGACGACUGUGUUGUUUAUAGGGAAAAUUCUCCUCCUCGUCAUUUUCAUACCACCUUUCCUAAAUUACGCUUCGCUUCAGAGAGAAGAACAAGAGCUCAGACCAAAAGAUGCACAGCUGAUAGAUAUAGGCUUGGGCCAGAAGAUCAGUCUCAUCUGUAAAGGCCAUGGACAACCAGUUGUGAUGCUCGACGCUCCAACCGGAAUGUCGUCUGACAUUUGGCAUCAUGUGCAAGAGAGCGUUUCACAAAUCACAAAGGUUUGUGCCUAUGACCGAGUAGGCCUGGGUUUCAGCAAGAGAGCGCUGCAAAACGACACCACGGGCAUGGAGAAAGUCUGGAGAUUAUCUACCACUGGAAGGAUGGUAGACGACCUCCACCGGUUGGUCAAGGCUGCUGAGAUAGCCACGCCCUUCAUUCUGGUUGGCUCGGGGCUGGGAGCGAUGAACGCCAGGUUCUAUACUCACAUCUACGACAUGCAAGUGUCAGACUUGGUGAUGAUCAAUCCCAUUCCAGAGGACGUCUUUGAAGAGGAGACGUGGCAGCAGUACUGGUACACACACCUGGUUCCCUCCUUACAGCUGAUGCAGCUCUCUGCAGCCACUGGUGUGAGUCGACUUCUCCUCAUCCUGCGGCUGCUCGAGCCGAGUUUCAGCGGAGACGAUGUCUCAGGAGAACUGCUCCAACGCCAGAAAUACCUCCUGAGUAACCCGGCUCACCAGAGCAGCGCCGUGGACGAGCACUACUUCCUGAACGAGAGCGCUUCUCAAGUCAGAGAGAUCUCAAAAUUCAAGCCGCUGUCUAGUUCAGUAUCGUUGAGCGUUAUCGUUGGGGACUCUUUUGACGAACAGCUUCCAGCUCAGCUCAACCAAGUUUUUGCUGAUGUGCAAAGGAAGUGUUUAAAGCGAGUUUACCCUCAGGCCAAGCUCAUCAACAUUCAGGGGGCGGACCGUCACAUGAUCUCCAAAAAGUCGUCAUCUGUGAGCAAACAUUUACUGGAGCUCGUGUCAAAGAGGCAAACCAAACAUGCGAUGAGGCAAUGAGACCACGUUCAACUGCCCUCUGAACGCCACCGUGUUUCCUGUUUGGAAAUCAUUUACAUUCACAGCUGUGCUGCAUCAUCACAUGCCUGUUUGGGGAUUUUUUUUUCAUUUGUUUGCAAUUUUUGGAACAUUUAAAAAAAUAAUAAAAUUUAAAUCAAGUU